AUGAUCGAUUGCCGAGCCCUGCGCCACUUUUUGCAUCUUUGGACGUCGACAUUUUCUGGGCCCGUGUCGCGUGCUGCUGAGGAACACCUUACAGCUUCCUCCUAUUGCCACCAAUUACCACCAUACGAGGCUAAUCAUUCGCAAGGCUCGAGAAGGACGAAAAUGAAUCGAAUCAGUAUUCAAAGAGUGACAAUCAACAUCAACAGGAGCCUCUCGAGCAGAACAUUUUGGACAGUUGGCCCAUGGCAAGGACAGAUCAAGAACCCCGUCGCAGGAAACAGACCGCAGCCAAAGAAAGUAGAUACGAGCCAUACAACCAAAGUUCAAGACGACAAAAAGAGCCCAGAUCUCAAAGAAAAUGCCAAGGGGAAAGAAACUAAGGAUGCUAGAAAGCCGAGCUUAAGUUCUUCGAAAUGA